UUCUAGGGUUUUAUGUAAGUUCAAACCUACUGUGCACAGCGUAGCAGUGCAGUGGUUAUCGACGGCAAGUAAUGGGUGUCGAGAACAAUUCUAUUGAGCAGAAUACUAACGGAGCAACUUCUGAACAUGUUGAGGCCCUGCUUGAGGCUGCCAGAUAUGGCGAUAUUGAAGAUGUCAUCAGCUUAGCAUCUUCCGGUGUUUCACUUGAUUCUGAGGAUUCAAUGGGUCGAAGAGCACUACAUAUGGCUGCUGCUAAUGGUCACCUCAACGUCGUCGAGUAUCUUAUCAGUAAAAGAGUGGACCUCAAUGCUUGUAAUGCGGAAAAUAAUACACCUCUUCACUGGGCCUGCCUCAAUGGUCAGAUUGAGGUGGUUAAGAAAUUGAUACUAUUAGGAGCAAAUGUAAGCGCUUUAAACAGUCAUGACAGGACCCCAAUGGAUGAGGCUGUGACUCAGGGAAAGAUGCCUGUUAUUGAUGCGAUCAAUGAAGCAGCAGCUGAGAUGGAACUUACCAAUGUCACAGUUUCUUAGUUAGAAGUUAGAACCUUUCUUAUGAAAGCUGCAGAAUGGUAGCUGAUCUGCAUAUAUGUAAGCGUACUCCUGUCCUGAUAGAUUUUGUGAGGUUACAGUUAAAAUAUUUUGUCAAGAUGUCUAGACGUACGUAUUUGAUUGACGAUCACACAAUCUCUAUAAAGUAUUGCUUGGAGUUUUUAUGUCCGAAGCC